AUGAACUCAACAAAUGCAGAGGACAUACCCAGUAACUAUGGUUUGACCGGUGAAAUGGAGCUAGAGGUUGGCUUGAAAUUCCUGAGUAAGGAUGCAGCAAUGCUUGCUAUUAAGAACUACAACAUCCGUCGAAGUGCAGAAUUCAAAGUAGUGGAGUCAGAUCAUACUAGACGCAACCAUUUGCAUAAAGGUGUUGCAGGGAUCCGUGGAAUCGGCAUACGGAUACAAGGUGUCUUACAAAAAGGUUUGGCUAGUGAAGCAAAAGGCAAUAGCGAGAAUCUAUGGAGACUGGAUGAUUCUUAUAACCAGCUACAGAGAUACUUCAAUGCGUUGCAAACUUUUGUUCCAGGUACAAUUGUCGACCUACAAACCCGACCAUACUAUGUCGGCAACACGCUCGACCGCGAAAGUACCUUGUUGAUGGGAAUAGCACAGGACGGAAACAACAACAUUCUUCCCAUAGCUUUCGCGCUAGUGGAACGGGAGAACACAGAUGCGUGGUACUUCUUUCUCACCAACUUAAGGAGACAUGUGGCUACUCAACCGGAAGUUCUACUGAUCUCUGACAGGCAUGCGGCUAUAAAGGCUGCGCUCGAGCGAGAGGGUUGUGGCUGGGAACACAAUGUUUACUGUGUCCGACACAUUGCGUCCAACUUCGCAACAAACUUCAAGAGUAAGGAAGCCAAAAGACAUCUUGUUAGCGUGGCAUACUCGAAGACCCAAGAGCAAGCACAAUACUACCUAGAGUUAAUCAGCGCGGAGGAUCCCGCCACAUCCCUGGCAAUGAUGGCUUGGAUAAGAGGGUUAGAGCCACCGAAAUGGCUCCAACACCGCGAUGAGGGUUGCCGAUAUGGUCACACAACAACGAAUCUUUCUGAGUGCAUCAACUCUGUGAUGAAGGAGACUCGUAACCUUCCAGUGUGUGCAAUUGUGAAGUCCACGUACCACCGUUUAAAUGCAUUGUUUGUCCAGAAGGGUCAGCAGGCAGAAGCACAGGUUGUAUGUGGCCAGAUCUUUUCGCAGUUCUUGCAAAAGGCAAUACUUGCCAACAGGGAGGGAAUCACGCAAAUGCUUGUCAUAUCACACGACAGGGCGACAUCGAUCUUCACCGUCGAUGAGAUAGCCGACGUAGGGUCUCAAUCCAGAUUCAGAGUUUACCUCCAGCAAAGACGGUGUGACUACGGAUACUUCCAAGCGUUGCACUACCCGUGUGCCCACGCGCUUGCAGCAUGUGCCCAUGCCAGGCUUGACUGGCAGUCUUAUGUCGACGAUGUCUAUCGGGUGGAAAAUGCGUUCCGGGUAUAUUAG